AUGUUAGACGGUCAACGCCUGGUGAACCAUGUGAUUCAAGUUAAUGACGUCAAGGAUAGAGAGUUAUGUGCGAUACGAUGUUUCAUGGAACCAAACUGUGUCAGUUAUAAUAUCGAAAUAAAACCGAAAGGAAAUGAUGGAACACACAGAUGUGAGUUAAAUGAUGUCACUCACGUAGGAAACAGCAACGACCUGGUCGAGGAUCAAAGAUACAUUUACCGAGGAGCAGAGAAUAUCUGUGUAACAAACCCUUGCAAGAAUAACGCCACUUGUCACAGCGGUUACACUGACAAAGGUUAUCGCUGUUUGUGUACUGCUGGAUUCAAGGGUCAGAUCUGUGAUGAAGAUUGUACCCUCGUACCAGAGCAUGAAAGUUUCACCAUGGUUGAAGAUGACAUUAAAACGAAAUCAGUGAAUUCCAGAGACGGUCUACUUUCAUUGGACAAGUUUCAUUAUCUGGAUGUGCCUCAAAUUGACGUCCUCAUGGUAUACGACGACCUUGAAUGCAUUUUUAAUUGCGUCGAUCAUCCUCUCUGUAUGUCUGUAAACCUGGCCGCUGAAGAAAAGCUGUGGUGUGAGUUACUUUCUUCAGAUAAGGAGAACAGCACAAAGAAGUAUUACCAAAACGAGAGUUCACAUCACUACUACUUCCCAACGCUGCCUUGUUCUUCUACGCCAUGUUACAACGAGGGAACUUGUUUUCGAACGAAGCGAAAUUACAAAUUGUUUGAAUGCCUCUGUGAAAACGGUUUCUCUGGAGAAUAUUGUGAAAAAGAUAUUGAUGAAUGUAGCACCGACGGCCAUACUUGUGACGUAAAUGCCAAGUGUCAAAACACAUAUGGUUCCUAUAAUUGUUCUUGUAAGAAGGGAUACAGAGGAGACGGACGCUCGUGUUCAGACAUUGAUGAGUGUGCUAGAGGAAAGCACGACUGUAGCACUGAUGCUGUAUGCAACAAUACCAAGGGAUCGUACAACUGUACAUGUAGGGCUGGAUACUCAGGAGAUGGAAAAAUUUGCAAAGAGAAUUCGAUGUGCAAAGAAGCUCACAACAAAAAACUAUUUAACGAGAGCGGCGUGGUUACGUUUCAUAUUGGUUCGAUACCAACUUUCGUUUUCUGUCACGUGGGAGAUUUUGGAUGUGGAGAUGGAGCUUGGACCUCUGUUUUGAAGAUUGAUGGCAACAAGCGAACUUUUCAUUAUGAUUCCAAUUAUUGGAGCAACAAGGUAGAGUAUAAUCUUCCUGGAGGAGAGACUGGGUUUGACUCGGUGGAAACCAAGUUACCGACCUACUGGAACACAUCAUUCACCAAGAUCUGUCUUGGUAUGAAGAUUGACGAAGUUCUCAGGUUCAUUGUCAUCAACAAGCCAGCCGAUUCCUUGUACUCACUGAUCGCUGAUGGGCAAUACCGCAACACCUCCUUGGGUCCUGAAAAGUGGAAGUCAUUGAUUGGUUCACAGGGUUACUUACAGCGUCUCUGUAACAAAGAAGGGUUUAAUCUGGAACCGGAAGGGGCUUAUUGGAAAAAUAGAGCUUGCAAAGCAAGAAUUGGUAUUUUCGCCAAUAACAAUAAUGGAUGCGGGGAUGUUGAUUCCAGAAUCGGGUUUGGAACAGGAGGGCCAAAGGAUGACAACAACACCUGUGGAAACGAUGGUCGCCCCACACACAUCAAAGCCAUGGGGUACAUCUUGGUACAGUGA